CACUGGGCCACAUUACGUCCACCGCCCCACCCACCGGCUGAUCGGUGACCUCAAAUCUAAGAGGAAUACUGCAGGCGACUAAAAUAGGUUGAUGGCGUCUCUAGAUGGUGCCCCGCAUAGUAUAAGUAUAGGACCACCAACCACAGCGCCAAGCAACGCUCUAUCUACCUACCCUGCUAAGCAUGUCUACUGUGAACAAUGACAGGAGUGACACCCUGCACAUUGGCAAGAGUCGCAAGAAGCUCUCACAGCGACUCUACCGUUCAACCGAGGCAGAAGACUUUGAACAAUUGCGACAGAUCAUCCAAGAAAUAACUAGAGAGAGUCCCCCCACAAGACACGAUGUUCUGAUCAAAGCUAUUGAGAUCAUCAGGCACCUUGAUAGAGAGUACCGCGCUCUUCUUGCAGAACAUGUUGCGGCUUUGACCUCUACUUGUUCCCUUGGCUCCUCCACGCAACACUCUGCUUUCUAUCCUGCAGCUGAGAGCUGGUCAGGAAACCAUGGCGUACAAACGAUGCCGAUGCACCCACAUAUGCUGUCUUCUGAAUCGUCAAACAACAUCGCAUACAGCACGUAUGAUGGUCAAAGCAUGGGUGCCAUCCAUAAUUACUACGUUUUACCUACCAAUCAUUGACAUCGCUAUCUUUCCUUACAGUACCUAAUAGAUCUGAUAGACAAAAAUGUAGACACUGCGGCUCGGUGGCAAGUACCAUCAC